ACUGGAACGCUAAAAUUGUUGUGCUGUUAAAAACAAAAAACCCCAAUAUUUAAAGUGCAUAUUAUGAGAGAUACUCAGUUAAGAGUGUACACAAAAGAAUGGGUCAUAUAACGAUAUUGGAUUUAAACCACUUUUGCUACUAUGAAUUAUUCAAACAAAUUAAAAACAAUUGCGAUAAAACAAAUACACCGAAAGAAUUAAAGUAUGUUGACUUAAUUAAUUUUAUCGUUUGCUGCAAGCCGUUUGGAGAACUGUUUUAUGAGUGGGACAAGGACUUUUACAAAAGUUUUUUCUUACUCUAUUUGAGCUCUGCGGCAAGCUUAACUAUCGACUUCUCUGAGCUCUACACACGUCUUAAGAGCUUCCCAGCGAAGGCAAAGAACAUAUAUUGGAAAUCCGUAUACCUUGCCAUUGAAGAGAAUGACAACUUGACCAGUGUCGAGUUGAGAUACACUCCAGAAAACUACCACAGUGAGCACAUGGAGGUAUUCGCAUCCGUGAUGAAUCAACUGAGGAAAAAAAAAAGUUUGAAAGCUUUAAGAAUGCAUAUUUCUGUGUACACCAUCGAAGACCUUACGGGAUUUGGAAACCUCGAAAAGCUCUUUUUAAAUGCGAGAGUGGAUGUUGAAGAGUUAUGUAGAUGCUGCUGCAAUAACCAAAACUUGAGAGAUCUUACCGUUUUGAAUAGCGAAAUGACGGGUCGAAGGUUAGCCGAUAUUGCACCAUAUUGUAAUCAGGUGAUUCGCUUUGAUUUUAAGAUGAAGUUAGACGGUGAUGCCUCAGAAUACGCCCCAUUAGCAAAAAUGCAAAGACUGGAACAGUUAAGGAUUGACGGAGAGCACGAACCGGGUACUUUACAGCGCCUUCUUAUAGCGCUGGCCAGAAAGGAGCCCAUGCUGCUCAGAAAGUUAUCCAUAGAUCAUGCUGUUUUAAACUUUGACGAAACCACGGCUUUAGCUCAGAUUAAGUUGGUAAACAACUUAAGAUGUGGAUUUAAGGACCCCCAAAGUAUUGAGCCUAUUUCAAGAAUGAUUUACCUGAACAGUCUAGAGGUUCUAUCAAAGCAUACGUUUAUAAGUAUUUCGCAACAAAUAUAUAGGAUUCUGAAGGAGUCUCAGUGGAAAAGGAAAAUACUUUCAAAAGACUGUCUAAUGGACUAUAACCCAAAGGGUAAUCUGCGCCUUAUUCUGAACCAAGUUAGUGCUUCGGAUUAUGGGUCGUUGCUCACUUUGCCACAUUUAAGAUGCCUCGAAAUAAACGGUAGUUAUGAACAAGGUACUCUUGUUGAAAUAUUUAAAAAGCUUGAAUUGGUUAAGGUACCUACUUUGAUAAUAAACACAAUGAAUCCAUUUACAGAAGUGUUUAGAAACCUACUAGAAAGGGGAUGGAAGUUGAGACCCCAAAUUACUCCGGUGAUUAAAGUGCAGGAAAUUGCAGCACUGUCUAAUUGUAGGUCCUUGAAAAAAUUAGUUUGUGGAUUUUCCGACACCGGCAACAUACAUCUUCUACACAAUCUUUUUGCACUUGAAGAGUUAACCAUUACCACAAAACCAACCAACGGUUCGCUACAGGCCCUAUUUGCCGCUCUAGCUUCAAGGGAAGUGCCAUCUCUCCAACAUUUUCGGCUCCUAAAUGGAGCGAUCGAUUCCUUGGAAGCUGCAGAAUUGGUUCGAAUAAAAUCUUUGAAAGUGGUGCAGUGUGCCUUUCUCGACGCCCAGGACAUCAAUAAAUUCUCAGACCUAGCUAAAGAACACCUUGCAAGGCUUGAAAUUACUUCUAUGCAAAACUUCCAUGAAACUUCUCCUGGUGUUCUUAAAGUCUUACAGUCCUCGGAAAAUGCAAUGAGCGUAUCCACAAGAGACAUUUUGUUAAUGUUUAAUCGUAAACUAAGGUUUAUUGUUCUUGAAAUGAGUAUUUUCGAGACGUACUCAGAUGAGACCCUGCUGGUUCCCCUAGCCAGUUUAGAAUGGUUAGAAAACAUUAAAAUAACCAAUAAGCGCGGCAACUUAAAAACAUUUUUCAAUGCCCUAUCUAUGAGGACCAAUAAUCAUAUUAAAAAACUCGAAGUUGACGGCGGAUCUCUUGAUUUUAGUGAGACACUGGAACUAAUUAAUAUUAAAUCUCUUAGGAAAUUUCAUGGCAAAGUAGACGACCCACGCAGCUUUCAGCAUUUGGCACAUUUAAACCAUAUCGAUAUUGGGGAUUCCUUUGAUAACAAAUUUUUAGAGAACAUGGUCGACAUUUUUAAUUCCACUCAGGAAGAGCUAACCAUCAGUGAUCAGAAAAAGGAAAUAAGUUUUAACAGUAAAACUGGCCAAUUAACACUUUCUAACGCAUUUUCUCCUGACUCCAAUGAUAUCGGCCCACUGGCAAGCCUUAAUAAUUUAAGGUCUGUGCGAAUUUUGGGUGAUAAUAAAGGAAGAUCACUUCAAUACUUUAUGGCUAAAUUAGCUUCAAGGCAAAAUCUGUCUCUUCAAGAACUGAUAAUGGAGACAAAUAGGGAUGAAGCUAAAUCAAGCGUUCUAAAACUUAACCCUAUCGAGUUGAAAGAAGUGACUGCCAUUAAAUCUCUGAGGACUCUAAAAUGCGGUUUCUCCCAUCCUAAGGACCUCGAAAUGCUGUCUGGGUUACCAGAACUGACUUACUUAAUUGUUGGCCUCAAUCAAGAAAAUGUUAUGAAAAGCCUUCUCAGGAAACUUUCUCUGAAUGAUUUUAAAGUCCCUGAUCGUUUGCUUGCAGAGGGGACAGUUGCAUUCGAGAUUGGGUCACAACAACUUUGUAUUAAAGAACUGAUCAUUUCAAAUGAACAAGGUUGCACACCCCUUGUGGAACUUUUCAGAAUGUUGGGUCUGGCAAGCGGAUCCACUUUACAGAGAUUGGUCGUCAAAGGUGCGCCAAUUGUUCAAUAUGAAGCCGAUGAGUUUUCAAAAAUUAAAUCAUUGCAGAAGCUUAUUUACAGAUUUCAAAUAUUAAUUGAUAUCAGAGGCCUUGUUCGGCUUUUUGAAUUAACAUCACUUAUAAUUGGGCGCAGAAAUUUUCCCAAGAGAGAUUCUGAAAAAGUUGAGCAGGAAGAAAAUUUAAUGUCUCGCAUACCAGACCACAUUUCCCGAGAUCUUAUGUUAUCAUAUUUUAAAAACCUCAAAGGAGUGGCUCAGCACUUGGAUCGUCAAAGAUUGUUUAUCGAAUUGCCAAAUGAUGAGUACUCUGUGAAAUAUAUAUUUGAGCCAUUGCCCGCUGGCUUAACUCACACACUAGAGGAUCUGGUUAUCACCCACCGGUAUUUGGACUUUGAAGAGGUCACAAGAAUUACGCAAAUUGCAUCACUGAAAAAACUUAGGUGUGGAAUUCGGGAUGCACUAAGCUUUUCCCUUAUUAAAAACCUCAGCCGUCUUGAAUGCUUGGAAAUCAAGUCUUAUCCAAAAUUCAUGGAAAUAUCUGAUCAUCUUGUGCUGUCUUUUCAAGAAUGCUCGCAAAUCCAGUUCAUAGAUUUGCAUUUUAAUUCUCGAGUGCAGCUUAUCAGUGCUGAUUUCGUGGAGCGAGCAAUUGAAGCAUUAAAAUUAGUCAGAGAUCCAAAACUCCGGGGUCCAUUGAAGUUAAGCUGUUUCGUCAGUCAAGUUUUUAUUGAACCGAAAAAUUUUAUCGACGAAGAGUAUUUGAGUCUGUCCAUCAAUGAACGCCAAGACGACAAAGAACUGUGGAUAUAUUAUAAAGACCAAAACUGAAACUAAAUAUUGUGAUGACUGUCCAAAAAAUAGAUUCUUAUAUUUAUUUUUAAUAUAAGAUUUUAUAA